UCGAUCAAUUACAUAACAUCACUUGAAGCCUUCCCGUAUGGAAUCCCAAUUUUCUUUCUUGCUUCUAAUUUUCUUCUUCCUUUUCUUGUGGCUUUGGCUUGCAAAGCCGAAAAAUAAAGCUAAGCUUCAAAUCCCCGGGCCAUGGAAGCUGCCUCUAUUAGGAAACUUGCAUCAGUUAGCAGCAGCAAGGUCUUCACUUCCUCAUCAUUUGUUUAGAGAACUCUCUCACAGAUAUGGGCCUCUGAUGCACCUUCAACUUGGCGAGCUUUCUACAGUAAUUGUUUCAUCUCCGGAAAUUGCCCAAGAGAUUAUGAAGACGCAUGAUCUUGCCUUUGUCAACAGGCCACAACUGCUUACUCCUAAGCUUAUGGGCUAUGGCUCUGCAGACAUCGUUUUUUCCCCUUAUGGUGAUUACUGGAAGCAUAUGAGAAGAAUAUGUGCUUCACAACUCUUCAGUGCCAAGAAGGUUCAGACUUUCUCGUCUGCUCGAGAAGAUGAGGUAUUUGAGUUAAUAGAAUCAGUUCGGAGAUCGGUAGGUUCAGAUUUCGAUGUCACGAGCAAGAUCUACUCUUUGACCAGCUCAAUUAUUACGAGAGUAGCGUUUGGAGACAAGUCCAAACGGGAAAAGUUUCUGCAAUUGAUCGAUACAGCGAUCACGAGUGGCUUUGGCUUUGCUGAUUUGUUUCCAUCAAUGAAAGCUAUUCAUCUCAUAACAGGAGUGGAAGCAAAGUUAGCAAAGAUUCGUACGCAGAUCGAUGAGUUCUUAGAGGAUAUUAUUGAGGAGAAUCAAGAGAUGCAGUUUAAAGAAGGCAAGGGUGGUUCUGGCCAAGAAAAUUUUCUUCAGGUUCUCUUGCAAAUCCUACGUAGUGGAGGCCCUGGGAUCCCAUUUACAACAGACAACGUCAAAGCUGUCAUUGCGGAUAUAUUUUCUGGUGGAACUGAUACUUCUGCAGCAACAAUGGAAUGGGCUCUGUCAGAAAUGGUGAGAAAUCCAAAGGUAAUGGAAAAAGCACAAGCUGAAAUUAGAGAAACUUUCAAAGGAAAGAAAGUAAUACAUGAUAGUGACAUGGAACAGAUUAGUUACUUAAAAUCAGUAAUCAAAGAAACUCUAAGAUUACACCCGCCUCUUCCUUUGUUGAUCCCAAGAGAAUGUAGGGAAACCUGCGAGAUAAGUGGAUAUGAAAUACCCAAUAAAACUCAAGUUUUUGUGAAUGCAUGGGCAAUUGGAAGAGAUCCAAACCAUUGGUAUGAAGCUGAAAGGUUUAUGCCAGAAAGAUUCCGUGGUGGCUGUAAUGUUGAUUUUAAAGGAGCAAACUUUGAGUACAUCCCUUUUGGAGCAGGAAGAAGAAUUUGUCCAGGGAUUUCAUUUGGGUUAGCAAGCAUUGAGCUUGCUCUAGCUAGCUUGCUCUACCACUUUGAUUGGAAACUCCCACAUGGAAUGAAGCCAGAGGAUUUAGACAUGACUGAAACUUUCAGUAUUGUAGCUAGAAGGAAGAACAAGCUGUGCUUGAUUCCCACACAAGCAUGAAGCGCCGAUCCUCUUCAUGAGAAUUCCUAUUGAAGCAUAUGCAACUAUAAGCUUAGUGGAAAAAGUAAACCAGAAUAAGAGUUUCACAUUUCUGUGAAAUUCACGAAUAAGGUCUCUCCGAGGAUUUUGUGACUUUUCGGAAAAGGUUGGUUCAUCAUAUGUGACUUAUGUAUUAAUAAUGAUGGUGAUAAAUCUAGAAGCUUCAUUUGUAAUAAAAAUAUAUAUAGUAUUUGAUAUGGUUAGAUUAAGGGUCGUAUAAAAGAAGUUUAGUAUAAGAAUUGGCUUAGGUGUUUGUAUUCCUCUGAAACCUAAAAUUAUCAGUACGAUAUAUUUUAAUAUUUGUGUUUUUCUUUGAUCUUCCCAGUAA